AUAAAUUAAUUAAAAUGAAUUUCUGAUGAAAGUAGCAUAUUAAAAGUCCCUUUUCAGAAAGUUUUACUAGAAACGUAUAAAUCAUUCGGACACAUGAAAUUCGACGUUUAAAAAAAAAAAAAAACCCAACAAAAUCUUAAUUUCCUAAAAAUGUGUAUAAGUAUAAAGUGAGGAACACUCACAUUUAGAAGCGACAAAUCUCGUCCUUUUAUUUUUAAGUUCAAACUCAACAAGUGUUGUUUGGCUGUCCACCUUGAAUAACCUCACAGCAGAGUUACAGAGGUUCCAAUUCAAUGAUGUAACUUUGUUGUUCCGUAGGAUUUGCCUGCCUGCCUACAUGUCGGACCACCUGAUACAUAAGCAGAAAUAAUACCCCAAGAAGACACCAUCAACGCGAGGGAACGACUCUUUUACAGUGACGCACCAUCAUGGAUAAACUCCUCUUGACUAAGGUGUUCGUGGUCUUAGCUAUGAUGGGGAUUUUCUUCGUCACGAUAAUGUACCUGGAUGUCAUCCCUAUACCUAUAAAGUAUCUCACCAAACAGUUCCCGACAGACAACGAAGCCACCAAAAGACAGAAUGUGUCUUCAACCUCCCCUACACCAUUGAUGGGAUAUAUCGUCGAAAGACGAGCUUCCACUGUGCAUCCAUUGAAGGACGGAAAGAUACAUUCAAAGGACAAAUAUAACAUCAAGACUGCAUUAAAAUUUCCCAUGGCAGCUAUUUCCAGAAACAUACUGGAUCGUUAUCUUGAGUACCGCCAGAUACAGCGAGUUAAUGAUUUUAAGGAACUUCAUGAUCCUCGCUUUUCUGUGGUAGAGCCUGACAGAAAAUCAGGGCCCUUAACAGCUGGUUCACAACUCACGAUCAGAAUAUCUCUUUAUAAUGGUUAUAACCAGUCACUGACUCAAGGAGGUGAUCUACUUAAUAUUUGGCUUCGAAAUUCGGGAGGAAGCUCGACUGUAGCUGGUCACGUCGUCGAUCAUAUGAACGGAACUUACACAGGUCACGUGAUGGCGUUUUGGGCCGGAAAUGUCACUGUCAAAGUGACCGUUACCAACACGAAAGAGGGAAUCGGUUUAUAUACCAACUACGUACAUGAGCAUGGCUCUUAUAAAUUUAUCAAAGCAACAUUUUCGGAAAACAAGAAAAGUGAAACGACUCUAUGUGCACCAACGCUGUCUUCUUGGUUGAACAAAAGAUACAGUGGAAUCUGUAACCUGACUAAGGAAAAUUACAAUAUUUCUUUAUUCUGUGGAAAACCGAAGUCUGUGUCAUGUACGCACUGGGUGAAAUAUGGCUAUGAUGAUUCACUGUUUCUAGACCGCAAAACAACGAAAGUACUCGGCUACAAGGACGUGUUGCUGAAGCUGAUCCAACUGACCAUUGUUCCAAGUUCUAAUGGCGAUCUAGAUUACCCAGUGCCUAAAAUACCAUGCACAGAUUUGCCUCCCGCUUUAACAUGGAACAGCACAGUACCAUCCGGUUUCCUCUAUAAAGGAAAGUAUCACAACCUUAUAUGUCGAACAACAGUAAAUCCCAGUGCUGAGAAAUAUCGAGCGUGUCUAAAAAACAGACAGAUUGUUUCGAUUGGAGAUUCUACAACUAGACAAUGGUUCCUCCGUCUGGCGGCCAUUUUGGGAAUACAAAAUUCCACUGGUAUUCCAUCAAAUGUGGUAUGGCAAAAGUUCGCUCGCGCCUAUAACCCUACUCUUGGACUUGACACUGAAUGGCAACCACAUGAACUUCCAUUCCACGGGGCUCCGGGUUCGGACAGAAAGACCAUUAAAUCUGUAGCCAACAGACUGGAUAGAAUUCCUGCCAAAAGCACCGCCAUCAUUAUUGUCCACUGGUAUGCCCAUAUCGCUAGGUGUUGUGACCACGUAGCCUUAAGGGAGCACGUGCGAAAUGCAAAAGUAGCCAUGACUAGGCUCCUGAAGAGGUCCCCGGAUGUUCAAAUUUUCAUUAAAGGCCCUCACCUCGUGAAAUAUGCCCAUGCGUUGAAGCCAUAUGCCUACAUUGGUAUGUUCGUAGAGCAGGUUCUAUUGGAGGAGCUACAUGAUUUAAUUAACAGAAUCAUCUUCCUUGACCAGUGGGACAUGUCGGUAGCUAAGGAAAACAUAAAUGUUCAUCCUGACACCAUGUUGGACGAUAUAUCAUUAAACAACCUCAUCAAUUUUGCAUGUAAAAUACGUUAAAUCAAUGUAAGAAAUACGUUUUGCUUUAAUAUUAUGCAAGUAUGUUUUUAUUCCUAACGAUUUUUUAUACCAGAUAUGGCGAUUUUGGUCAAUAAAUUGUGAGAACAAAAAGUAUGUAAUCCACAUGUAUCAAACCUAAAACUCAAAGAUUAUCUUAGCUUCAAUAAGAAUGGAAAUGUUGAUGUACUCAAAAUGUAGUUAACAAUGAUACGGUUGGUUAGACUGACAGAACGUUGUGCAUCUACAGAGAUUAAAACUUGCAAAUAAAGAUUUCAGGGUAAUUAAUUGCUUAUAAGAUUUUGCUCUUGUUAGCCGAUGAUCUACGCUGUCGUACACAAGAUAUUCAUCUACCUUAAUGGUUGUUCGAUUUCUAAUUUACCGAUAGUUGUGUUUUGUUGUUGUGACCUGGAAAUAUAGGUUGUAACCAUAGUAAUAUAUCUAGUAAGGCUGACAAAUUAUAGCGACUGUUCGCGAAGUACUAGUAUUUGUUUGUGAAUAAGUAAUAUUAUUUUAUAUGUUUUAAGUCAUAUGUUGAUUUUUUCAAAGCUUUUUUCUAUGCCAAAUGUCGACCACUGCCUUGGAAACGGUGACCGGAAAAUAUAUAUUUAUCACAGGGAACAUCUCCAAACCAUUUCAGAUGUUUCUUUAUUUCAUAAACGAAAGCUUUAUAAUUUGCGUUGUCAGCUUUAAUACAUUGACAAUUUGUAAUGAUUUUUGGGUUCUAUUUGAAAUGUUGAUUAUGAUUCAUUAUGCUACAUCACCGACAGCGUAUAGAGUGCGUGUCACUUAAAUAUUUACAAAAUGCACCCGCAGUACAUAAAUAGAUCUAAUUUAAAAGAUUUAUUUAAAAUAUCAAACGUUUGGAAAGUGAAAAAGCAUACAGGAACACAUUCCUGUUUUCAAUCAAUUAUGAUUACUCUUUGUCGGAGAUGUAGGAUCUAUGAAGUACGAAUUUGAUCUAUAUACUAGUACUUAAACAGAUAGAUACACCUUAUUCAUAUAAUAUAAAUCAACGUUAAUGAUAGACUAAUAACUUGUGGAUAUUUUCAUUGAUGCCAAUUUCAAACAUGAUACACGGACCAGCCUUCAUGUACAUUGCAACAUAGUUCAUAUUUGAAACGAUUACUGUUCAUAGCGUCGCCAUACUGGAAUGAACUAAUGCCAUGUAUAUGUAUCGUUAUAUGAUAACAAAGUACACGAUUUAUGUAGAGAAUACACCUGCUAAAAAUAUAUAAAUGGUAUAUUUUUGUUGUUAA